CCGCCCCCGGGGGGCGCGUCACCGACGGUCGGCGCGGGCCGGUCGAUGCGGAGCGGUGCCGGCAGUCGCGCCAUGCACUCCCUCACCCAAGAGAUCCGGAGCUUCUCCAGGGCCAACCUGCGGAAGCAGCGCACCCGCGUGACGACGCUCACGGGCCGCAGGAUCAUCGAGACGUGGCGCGGCGCCUGCUUGCACAUGGAGGAGGAGGAGGAGGCGGCGCCCGGCGGCGGCUUCGUGCAGGACCUCAGCGCCGACCUCCAGGUCGGCGUGGUGAAGCCCUGGCUACUGCUGGGGUCACAGGAUGCUGCUCACGACCUGGAGACGAUGAGAAAGCAUAAGGUCACUCAUGUUCUAAAUGUGGCAUAUGGAGUCCAAAAUGCCUUCCUCAAUGACUUUAUAUACAAGACCAUUUCCAUUCUGGACCUCCCAGAAACUGAUAUUACCUCCUAUUUCCCUGAAUGUUUUGAGUUUAUUGAGAAAGCCAAGAUCCAGGAUGGCGUGGUACUGGUUCACUGUAAUGCAGGAGUCUCCCGUGCAGCAGCUGUAGUCAUUGGUUUUCUAAUGAAUUCAGAAAGACUGAGCUUUGCCAGAGCCUUUUCCUUGGUGAAAAAUGCAAGGCCUGCGGCUUGUCCAAAUCCUGGCUUCAUGGAGCAGCUUCACAAGUACCAAGAACAGAUUAUAAAGGCAAACGGAAGCAUAAACAAUCAUGACUGAUCCAAAGGGAGAAGUGAAAUAAUCUGUUUUGACUAUACAGGAACAUAUGUUGGUUAUACUUUAAUGUGUCAUUUUGAAAUCCCCUUUCAAAUGUGCAUUUUCAAGUCUUUAUGUACCCUCCUUUGACCCUCUUUUUUCCAGCAUGUCAUCAAAAAGCCAAAUGGUGUUGUACUGACUUCAAAGAAGUUUUGCCUAAAACCAGGGCACUAAUAAAAAGAUAAAGCUCAGUUUUCCUUGAAAUAUUAGAAAACAAUAGAAUUAUGGUUUGCUUACUGAACCAUCAGAAAAUGCAGGCAGUAGAGAAAGGAAAUAAAAUAACUGAAAUAAAUUGCUUUCUUUCCAAAUCUGUGCAUUCCUAGUUGGUUGUAAAAUCUAGAUAAUAAAAUGUUCAUAUAAUGAAGUACCUUGAUACUGGAUUUUAAAAUUAUAUUGCAACUAUAGAUGAUAUAACGGAAUUUUGUGGGCUAGCAAGCCAUUAAUUUUUUUUUGAAAUUAAAAUGAUGGUCUUUUGAGGAUGCUCAAAAUGCUUAGGAUGCUUUAAUACUUUGUGUAUUUAUACUGUUUUUCAUCUAGUAGUGAUUUGAAGUGCAUUAUCGUGAUGAUUUCAGUCUUGGAACUAGCAGGUUUGGGGUUUUUUUGUAAAUCAUUUCAGCAGCGAUUAAAAAAAAUGUUGAUCUGUC